AUGUCUUCUUCAUCUGUUUGGGUUCAGCUCUACUAUGAAGAUGAACGAAAGGGCCGACCCACUUCAGUGGAAAAACCGGCUAAUGUGGAGGAAAGCGACUGGAACAUUGAUGCCUUGGCAAAGGCCGUUAAGAGCGAGAGACGAGUCGAUCUCAACCACUGUGAUUCCGCAGCUCUUGUGGUGCAUCCCUUGAUUAUGGUGGCACCACAGCCGCAACGAGAUGGUGAGAAAAUUUUUUGGCACCUGAUAACAGGGACAAUCGAGCGAAACUACGCCACUUCUGGCAGUCGUCAUGAACUCUUCAGGCGCGCUGGAGGUGCCGCUGAAGCCUUCGUUGUGAGAGUCGACAAUUACAUCAGCAAGGCACAUGGCAUUUCCUAUCAAACAAGCUUCACUACAACGCAAGUGAAGCCCUACGACAAACGUCGGCUUGUCCUUGAAAGCGAUUAUGUCCCCAAUGAAUCGGACGGGAAGGCACCACACGAUUCGCCGGUUUGGAAUGUGGAAGUGUCGUCUAUGGACAUAUCUAUACUAUCACCAACAACCAUUUUCUUCAAAAGUGAUACCGCCUACAUGUAUCAACGAAUCGAAACAGACGCAGCUUUUGCACGAUGUAGUCCUGAAGGUGCACACAUUUUUCCGAAGGCAAAAUGUGAGGGAAAAUACAAAUGGCUGGACAAGCCAACUUUCAAUAGGCUGGCUUUGUCCAGAGACGGCCACAAGAACUAUGCUGGGACUGCAAAUGGCCGAGGAGUAACUGCUGAAACCAGCGCCUUGGUAACGCUUGAACCAACUACAACAGAUCAGAUCAAAAUGGAUCAUGCUACCUUUACAAGAAUUUCAAAUCGUCUUUGGUGCCGAAACAACUCGGUGGCCAGAAGCUGGAGAGCUUUCCUGAAGGAAGCUGUACAGAUGGUCGAAGAGGGUGAUCAGGUUUUCUACUCACCAAUCUACCUCUAUUGUGAAUCCAAUAGAAAGUUUGUCAUGAAGUUUGAACAACAGCAAAAUUCCAACAGCACUUUACAGGAUGUGUGUCUGACUGCUAUUCCUGGAGUUGAGGAUCAUACAACCCUUAAUACUUGGAAUGAGCAGGAAAGAACAGUGGCAUGCCUUGAAACAAUGAUGGCCAAAACCAACUACGCCCUCUUCAGCAAGCUCGAGGAAUUUGCUGUGCCCUUGCCUGACGACUUGCGUUUGGGCUCCACAGCCGCCUCCUCCUACAUAGGCGGACAACACGUCAUGCCAGAGAACUUCGUACCCAAUGAAAUUCAUGUCAUCUGUGGCAGAGGCAAAAAGAUUUUUGAACACAAAGGAAAUGAGCGCUUCCGCAACCUGAUAAAGGAGCAUCUGGAAAGCUACAAGGCAGCACACUCCAAGGUUCAAAAAACUGUUAUAGUUUCAGCAGUCUAUGAUACGCAAACCGAAGGUGAAGGUGCCUUUGUCAAGCACAACUUCAGAACUCGGAGAUGGGUUGUCGUAACCGAGUAUGCUGCCCGUGAGAAGAUCUCUCAGUGCUUUCGAGACUACCUUCAAGACAAGUUCAAUCCAACCGAAGGCCGGCUCAAGGGGACAGUGGCCGAAACAGAACCGCUCAAGAGAGCCUUGACGUCUUAUCCAUGCUUCAAUCAAAGGCCCAGGUUUGAUCGAGCCCGUACUGUCCCAUUGACAAAGCUCCACAAAGCUCCAGACCUCGUCCGUUGGCACUUCAUCCUAUGA